CACGUCUCCGUCGGAUCCUCUUCUCGCUCCGAAACGCUUCGGGAAGCGCGCGCGCGCGGCGCAGCUUCCGCGCGGCGGGCCGCGUGAUCGCGAAAAAGGGUCUCUCUUUUUCUCUCUCUAUCUCUCUCCCUCUUUUUCUCUCUUUCUCUUAUUCUCCUUGAUGUGUGCCCCGGGUGUGUGUGCCCCAGAAGGUGCCGGCUGAGAGUCGCUUCGCGAGUGAAGCAAUCACGCGCGGCGGGACUCGAUACCCCGAGAUACGCGGGAAAUGUUUCCAGUGUUGUAAUCGUUCCGAACGAGGCUGAAAGUCGGUCGAUGCUGGAGAAAAGACAUAUUGGGACCAGUCGUCAUCGUCGUCGCAAGUAAGACCGGAUGCACCGCGGAGCAAGGCGCCCUCGCUCAUUGCCGUCGAGGGGAUCAUCGACGUUGUCUGCAAUUAUCCCGCGCGUCAGCACGAUCCGUUAAUUAAACCGCUCGAAUCGGCGGCGGUGGGCCGUUGCUAAUUAACGCCGGCGUCACCCCCUUGUACCCCCGCAGACCCUUCAUCAACCUCGACCGGGGACAUCGUCUCGAUUAGCAAGCGGCGGAUUUAACGUGGGGCCAUUUAGCGCACGUGACAACCGCUUUCCCUUCUAUCUGUCCCGUAGAAGAUGGUGCGCGUCAUCCGAUGAAGGUGAGGCCGUGCGACGAGGCGUCGCGACGCCGGGACAAUGCGGAAAUAUGAGACUUCCCGCGCCGACCGGAUCUCAGCGUCGUCUUCGUCGGCAGUGCGCUCGCACCGAUGCGACUUACAACGGUCGCCGACGCGUACGUCCGACAUCCAUUGAGGAAAAAUGGGUGCCAAUCAAUCGACCCGGAGCGCGCCCACCCCCGGAGAAGAAGUGAAUUUCGAUCAUUUUCAAAUCCUACGCGCCAUUGGGAAAGGCAGUUUCGGCAAGGUUUGCAUCGUGCAAAAACGUGACGGUACUGGCAAUAUGUACGCCAUGAAGUACGUACAUAAAAACGAAUGCGCGGAACGGGGCGCUCUGAAGAAUGUGGCGAGAGAGGUGGAGAUCCUGUCGAAGUUGGAGCAUCCCUGUUUGGUGAAUUUAUGGUUCAGCUUCCAAGACGAGGAGGACCUCUUCAUGGUUUCGGAUCUGCUUUUGGGCGGCGACCUGAGAUACCAUAUCCAGCAGGAGGUUGUGUUCAGCGAGGAGAGCGUCGUACUAUUCGUGGCCGAGAUCGCCCUGGCACUUGAUUACCUGCAGACCCACAGAAUCAUCCAUCGGGACAUUAAGCCGGAUAAUAUCUUGCUGGACGAGGAAGGCCACGCCCAUGUGACAGAUUUUAAUAUCGCGACUGUACUCGAAAAUGGACAGUUGGCGACUUCGAUGUCUGGGACAAAACCGUAUAUGGCUCCGGAGAUUUACAUGUGCUCGUGCGAGGAAUACGGUGUCCUCGGCUACGGAUUCGCUGUGGACUGGUGGAGCCUAGGAGUCCUCGCUUGGGAAACCCUAGCCAUGGAGAGACCAUAUCCGGUUCACUCCACGACAUCCAACAGGGAAGCUCUGAGACUCUUGAAGGAAGAAAGACGGACACUCUCGCACUGGAGUCCGUCGAUACGUGAUCUCCUGGACCGCUUGUUAACUCUCGCGCCGAGCGCCCGAGUGUCGUGCUUGAAAGAACUGAAGCAGGCGAGCGCGAUGAGGGAUCUGGAUUUCGACAAAGUGUUAAAUAAGCAGAUAAAGCCGCGCUUCACCCCGCCGAAGGAUCACCUGAACUGCGAUCCCACGUUCGAGCUCGAGGAAAUGAUAAUUGAGACGAAACCCCUGCACAAGAAGAAGAAACGCCUAGCUAAACAGAGGUCACUGAGGGUCGACUCGGCGGAGGAUGCCGCGCUCGUCGAGGGGGCUGGAUCGAGCGUAGAAUCACGGAGAUUAGCUUACAUCCCGGAAUAUCGGGUGUACAAUCGCGAGCGCGAGAUCGAGAGGCAGGAGCGGGAAAAGAAGGAGAAACAGUGGGAGGAGGAACUGAACACUGCCAUGAAGGGUGCCGAAGAGAGGCUCAAAACAAAGCAGCAACAUCUGCCGGCCCAGCGAACUGGAAACCGACUGAGCGUCUCGACGACGAACGUCAAAGCGCGGAUAAACGCGUCGCCGAGGCAAGGUCGCCGAGCGAGCGCCACGGCGUCCUCGGACAUCGACUUCAUCGACGCGAGCCCGGAGCCUAGCACGUCUUAGAUAACGCCGGAGGACGCGCUUAUACACGACACGUAGCCUAUCUUGCGGGUAGACUCCUUCGAUCCUAUCGAACGCGCACCGCACACCGACGACGGACCCCCUCGCCUCCUUAUCACAAAGGGAAAAAAAAGGAAAAAAAAAAGAAAAAAAGAAAAAAUAGUAUCUCUCUGACAUUCAAUUAUUUCUCCGCUCUGAGAUGAGGAAGGCAAAAAAUUCCAUGAUUAGCGUAGUCAAAGUUUUUUAUACUCUUCUUGAAAAGAUAUACGACACACGUACGUGAUACUUCGCUCUUAUUUUUCUAUCUAUCGUGAUUCGAUGUGGGGCAAUUUAUCUUUAACGCCCUACAUUCCCUUACAUUGGAUCCUCUCCUUCGCGGCCGCAGUGUUUACUUUCGAUUACGCUUCGGGAAAAGGCGCGAGUUUUUAAGGCCUCCGUAUUCUUUCUUGGUGCUACACGACGUAAGUACGGACUCAUCCACGAACGGCGAAUUCGGACGUUCACGCAGUUCGAGCUUUUUCGGGAAAUAUUUUAUAAAUAAACGCGCCGAUUAUCGAUAUCGAUUUGCUACUUUCAUCCCGCGGUAUCCUGUGAAUAGCAGCCAGAGAUAACCGCACGUUCGACGUAAGCUCCACUAUCAGACUCCAGCAGUGCGCGCUUAAUCACUGUACCAGGAAACGUGCAUUUAUAAGAUUACCAUCCCGGAUUAUCUCCCGCGAACUCCGACUAACAGCGGCGCAGGAUGAUUCCCGCGGAGUAAAUGAACAGUGAAACGAUCUUCUUUGUUCGAGUAACAAAUUUUUCGUGUUUCAAUUAAAGACCCGGUUUUUACGAUCCGUAAAAUUAGGACACGCGCGUCUUCGAUAAAUAUAAUAUAAAUUAAUCCUUUCAGUACAAAAUCAGACGUAUAUCGUAGAUUACUUUUAAAGCUCUCCGCGAGGAAGAUAUCUUCCAUCUCACUUUCACCGAAAAUCAUUGCGUAACACACGUGUGAUUAUACCAUGAAACAUUUUGCAGCAUUAACCAGAAUUACAACGAUAAAUACGAUUAGAGUGGCGUGAAAAACAAAAGAUUAUGGAUGAUAAAAGAUUUCAAAAAUCUUGAUGGUCCAAAUGUGAAUCGAGACGAAUGCGUAAGAAAUAAACUUUAACACUUAUCUAUAUCUAUUAUUUAUAUCUAAUAUGGUACUGAAGGGAUUACGGUAUACAUUAAAAAAUGACUUCGUUGAUGGGAUUGGGAACAAAAUGACCUACAUAUAAUUAAUGAAUAAAUAUAUAUAUAUACAUAUAUAUAUAAAUGUUUUGUUCUAUAAAAGUAUAUGUUGUUUAGAAAUGAGCUAUGUACGAAUUGAGAAUAAAGAUAUCUUUGACAUGUUAAUAA